AUGAAGGAACUUAAAAAGCCUUUGUUAGAUUUAACAAGGACAAAUGAUAUUCCGUCCGACAAUCAUACAAUGCCAAAAAAUUCUAAGAAUGGAUAUCAAAUUUAUAUUCAAGAUUUUUCAAUAAAUAGGCUAAUAGAUCAGGUUUUAUUUGAAAAAAUAUUUACGAAUAUUUUUGGAUUUGGUAAUUUUGUGGAAGGUAAUGAUGGGAAUUGUUAUUUACAAAGAGGUCAAGACCCGGAACAGUUCAUUCCUGCAGGAUUUGUUAUGAUGGCAAUUUUUUGUUGGAUAAUAUUUGGAUUGAUUGCGAUCCGAAUUUAUAUGAUGUGGGAUUCUUUAAACGAAAUGAAGCAAAUAAGACAACAAUGGCAACAAAUUUUGUUUGAUGAUGGAUUAUUUUACUUAGGUUUAAUAGCAUUAUUUCAAACGAUAAAUGUAAUAUUCAUUUUAGCAUCCCAAGAUUUCUUUGAACGAUUCGUCAACGUAACUCCAGCCCUAAUUCUCACAUCAAUAUGUGCUAAACGCCUCAUAUUUGCAAAAACUAACAAAAAGAACAAUAAUCAUUCUAUGACAGCUCCUCUAAAUGUCAAAGUUAAUGAUAAUGAUUCAUUCAUAAUAAAUGACAUGUUAGAACCUCCAACAUUACCUAUUUCACAUGAUCGAAGUCGAAACAUAUCACCAACCAAUUCAAUUAAUUCAUUUUCUGGAAUCCCCAUUUCACCACCAACACCAAUAAUGAUUUCAGAUUUUGGUCCUUCAUUGACAACUUAUUUUAAUAAUAUUACUACAAUGAAUCCAGAUAAUAGUCGACCAAGUAGUAAACAGAGUAGUAAAUAUAGUAGUAAAUAUAGUAGUAACCAUAUUAGCAAUGUCAAUAAUAAUAGCAGGUUACAAGUCAUCCAACCUACCAGUCGAUCCGGAAGUUAUAGUAGUCGUGGAAGUAAAAGAUCAACACACACGAUAUUACAAUCUAUAUUUCGAAGCAAUAGAAGGGCGAUGGAUUCAGAUGACUUUUAUUAUUUUCGAUAUAGUGAAGCAAAUGGAUUUGAUGAUGAUGUAUUCUUAUUUCCUGCUAUACCACCACAAAAUCCUUCAAAGUCAAAUGUAAAAGGAAAGUUGGCUAAUGUCAAUAAACCUCUACCACCAAAACCUGGAUUUUUCUAG